GUCCGUCCUUCGGUCUUCACCUUCAGACAGAGUGUUCUCCCUCGCGCGCAUGGCCAUGAGCCACCUGCUCCUCCUUGCUCUUCUCUUAGCGUCAGCUUGCACAUCCUCCUCCGCCAGCGGGAACACGCUGACUCAGUCCGGGAACCUCACAGGGAUCCGGACGCUGGCCUCGCCCGGCGACGCCUUCCGGCUGGGCCUCUUCGCCGCCAGCAACCGAUCCAGGUGGUUCCUCGGCAUAUGGUUCACUGUCUCACCGGACACCGUCGUCUGGGUCGCCAACCGCGACAGCCCGCUGACAAGCCCGUCCGGCGUGGUCGAGGUCAGCAUCGGAGGAGCCCUGGUCCUCCGCGACGGCGCUAGCACUGUCUGGUCGUCCUCCGACUACUCCAACUCCUCCGCCGCGGCCGGCGCGGUCGCCGCGGAGCUCCGCGACACGGGCAACCUGGUGCUCGCGGACGCUGCCGGCACCGUGCUGUGGCAGAGCUUCGAACACCCGACCAACACGUUCCUCCCGGAGAUGCGGGUCGGGAGGAGCCUCGCGACCGGCGCCGAGUGGUCCCUCUCGUCGUGGCGCGCCGCCGACGACCCGUCGCCCGGCGAGUUCCGCUACGUCAUGGCCACGCCGCGCGGCGGAGCGCCGGAGCUCCACGUCUGGAGCGGCGGCCGCAAGGUCUACCGGACGGGGCCCUGGAACGGCGUGCGGUUCAGCGGCAUCCCGGAGAUGACCACCUUCGAGGACAUGUUCGAGUUCCGGUUCACGGCCGCCGCCGGCGAGGUCUCCUACAUGUUCCGCAACCGCGACGGCUCGCCGAUGUCGCGGGUGCUCCUCAACGAGUCCGGCGUGAUGCAGCGCAUGGUCUGGGACAAGGCCUCGGGGACCUGGAGCAACUUCUGGUCGGGGCCGCGGGACCAGUGCGACGGCUACGGCCGGUGCGGCGCGUUCGGCGUCUGCAACGUCGUCGACGCCUUGGUCUGCGGCUGCAUCACCGGGUUCGUGCCGAGGUCGGCGGCGGAGUGGUACAUGCGGAACACGUCCGGCGGGUGCGCCCGGAGGACGCCGCUACGGUGCGGCGGCAGCGGCGGCGGGGACGACGGGUUCUACGUCCUGCGCGGCGUGAAGCUGCCGGACACGGAGAGGACCGCCGAGGACGCCAGUGCCACGCUCCAGGAGUGCGCGCGGAGGUGCCUGGCGAACUGCUCCUGCACGGCGUACGCGGCGGCGGACAUCCGCGGCGGCGGGAGCGGGUGCAUCCAGUGGUUCGGCGACCUGGUGGACACGCGGUUCGUCGACAGCGGCCAGGAUCUCUAUGUCAGGCUUGCAAAGUCUGAACUUGCAGUUGCAGAUGCUCCCAAGAAUACCCGGAAGUUUGUGGCUGUCAUCACCCUGGUGGUUACCGGGUUCGCGUUGCUUCUUCUAUCCCUUGCCUUUGUGAUUUGGAGAAAGGUGCGGCGCAGUGAGAGAGUUACCAUGCUUGAUGGCGCGGUCGAGCUUAUGAGCGGCGAAUGCCCCACGUACCCGAUGGGGAUCAUUAGAACAGCCACCAACGGAUUCUGUGCAGACAAUGUGAUUGGGCGAGGCGGAUUCGGCGUGGUUUACAAGGGACAGUUGCCGGAUGGGCAGCACGUUGCUGUCAAGAAGCUCUCGGCGGAGAACACGGCGCAAGCCCUGAACGAGUUCAUGAACGAGGUGGUCCUGAUCGCGAACCUGCAGCACCGCAACCUGGUCCGCCUCCUCGGCUGCUGCGUCCACUGCUCGGAGAGGAUGCUCGUCUACGAGUACAUGAGCAACAAGAGCUUGGACUUCUUCAUCUUUGCCGAAAGGCGGCGCGCGUUGCUGAGCUGGAAGACGAGGCUGGACAUCAUCCUCGGCAUCGCGAGGGGCGUCCUGUACCUCCACCAGGACUCGAGGCUCAACAUCAUCCACCGGGACCUGAAGGCGGCGAACGUGCUCCUCGACGGCGACAUGGUCGCCAAGAUCUCCGACUUCGGCAUCGCCAGGCUCUUCAGCACCAGCGCCGACCGCCAGGAGACCAUCACCGGAAGAAUCAUCGGCACAUACGGGUACAUGGCGCCGGAGUACGCCAUGGACGGUACGAUGUCGUUCAUGCAGGACGUGUACAGCUUCGGCGUGCUCCUGCUGGAGAUCGUCAGCGGCAGGAGGAACCAGAGAAGCUUCAAUCUCAUAGCUCAUGCAUGGGGGCUCUGGGAAGGAGGCCGGAGCCGGGACCUCACGGACCCGGCGAUCCGCGGCGGCUGCACGGGAGGCGAGCUGGGGCAGGCGGCGACGUGCGUCCAAGUCGCGCUGCUCUGCGUGCAGGACUGCCCGAGCCGGCGGCCGCCCAUGGCGGACGUCAUCCCGAUGCUGUUGCAGCAGACAGCGCCGGGGCGGCCGCAGCGGCCCGUGGUUUGCAGCAACCCGGCCGCCGCCGCAGCCGCCGCUCUCGCCGUGCUAGCAGAGAUCACCGGCGGCGGCAACGAGCUGACCAUCACGAGCCUCGAAGGCCGGUAGCGCGAGAUACGGCAUGGAUCAAUGGACGCAUCAGCUGAUCAGUACCACAGCACGCAAAGGUGGAUUGUGGGUCGUGGAUUCAACUGUUUCAGUUUUUCAGGCUUUCAGCAGGUUUUGAUGAUCUUGGUCCGUAGCUUUCAUGAAUCAUGCAUUCUUCUUCAUGAAAGCAAAGAAGAAGUUUGUUCUGAAUUGUCAGAACCAGUCUACCACUAGUGGCACACUUGGCAGUUGGCACGGAGUGCUGGGUUUCCUGAGUCGUGCUGGUGGGCCAUGUGGGCUUUUUUUUGACAC